CGUCACUUGGUUCCACCCCCUACCCACCUCCAAGCCCCGUCCUUUGGUUCCACCCCCUACCCACCUCCGAGCACCGUCCCUUGCACCGUGUCCCUUGGUUCCACCCUCUACCCACCUCCGAGCACCGUGUCAUUUGGUUCCACCCCCUACCCACCCAUGAGCACCAUCCCUUGGUUCCACCCACUACCCACCUCCGAGCCCUGUCCUUUGGUACACCCCCUACUCACCUCCAAGCACUAUCCCUUGGUUCCACCCCUACCCACCUCCAAGCACCCUCCCUUGGUUCCACCCCUUACCCACCUCCGAGUACCGUCACUUGGUUCCACCCCCUACCCACCUCCGAGCACCCUCCCUUGGUUCCACCCCCUACCCACCUCUGAGCAUCGUCACUUGGUUCCACUCCCUACCCACCUCAGAGCACCAUCCAAUGGUUCCACCCCCUACCCACCU